AUGAAAACAAUUUCUCUGAUUCCUUCGACAGAAUAAGUUGUGACAGGGUAAACUUGGAUUGGCGGUCCUACAUAUGAAUUAUAAAAGCAACACGUACCCGGGUAUGCUGGACAUGUGAGAGGAUUAAAAGCUGGUGCUCAUUUAAUUAUAUUUUAGAAUCAUAAUAUGGAAAACCUUUUGCAAAGAUAACAGCUGAAUGUAUGGAAGAAAGAUUAGCUAGAUGCACAAAUUCUGAAGAGAGAGAAAGAUUGUAAACAAGUUACAAGAUUGAGUUUGGAGUAUCAAAUUAACAGUUAUCUAGGAACCCAAUCUAAGAAAACCAUAACUUUAAACUGCAGCUGAAAGAAUUUUGGAAGAUGCUCAUCGAUAAGAGAAGGCUGUAAAUGAGAGAAAUUAUCGAACAUACUAGUAAUGCUUGUAUUUGAUGUUGUUAGAUCUAUGCCUAAAACAAUUAAUGAUAUCCCCCCCAUCGAUAGAUUACCAGUCGUUGGGUAUCAAGGAUUCCGACCAGUGUUUAGACAUCCACUAAAAUAAGUUGUUCCACCUGAAAAACCAUAACCCUAUGUACACCCUUUAAAUCAAAUGGACGAAGGAAUGGCAAAGACUAUGCUUGAAACUAAUGAUAAAUUUAGAUAAACUGUAUUAGAUAUUUAUAAUCUAGUAUGAACAACAAAAGCCUCCCAUUGUUGGAUAUACUGGAUUCAUGACUGGCAUCAAAGCAGAGAAUAUGUAUGGUGAAUCCUACAAGGAUAUCAGUCAUUAAGUUUUAUAAAGGAAGUAAAGAUGA